GAGUGUGUAUCACUGCACUACAUUCAUUUCGGGUCACUCUAUCUUAUUUGUUCAAUUCAACGUCUUCUUGGUUAUUAAGAUACUGUUUCUUUCAAUACUGAAGCGCCUUCCUUGUGCCUUCCAUGGUCAGCUUCUUAUUUAUGGAUAACGCCGCUCUUUUUCUUUGUCUUCUUGGUCUUCGUCUAUGUCUUGCAGUCUUGGAAGUGUAGUCGGUUAACGCCUCGGUAUCUUGUAUCCAGUGAUGAACGGCUGCCGGCAUCGCUCGUUACCAGAGCAGGAAGUCGACAACUUAGUCCCACCUCUUGAUGUUGGUGCUGCCGGUGUCGACUCCCAGCUCUUCCCGUCGGUUCAGGCAGCCGUGACUGAUCUGAGAAGGCUGGCUAUGGUCCUCUGCAAUCUGCCCUCUGCCUCUGCCAUGUUGUGGCAACCCCACCAUGAUCUGCUGGACUGGCUCGGCCUUAUCUUCGGCUUCCAAGGAGACAACGUUAGGAACCAGCGGGACCAUCUCAUCCUCCACCUUGCGAACCUCCACAUGCGCCUCCCCAACAGCAGUGCUUGUGCGCUCGAUCUGAAGGCCAUUCGUGGCUACCGUGAGAAGUUGCUGGAGAAUUACGAGGAGUGGUGUUCCUAUUUAAGCGUGAGAUCGAGUGUAACAGUAAGUGGUAACCCUGACGACAAUGACCAGAUCAUGUGGCGGGAACUUCUGUACGUUUCUCUAUAUCUUCUCAUCUGGGGUGAGGCCGCUAAUUUACGGUUUUUACCAGAGUGCCUCUGCUAUAUAUUCCAUCACAUGGCAAUGGAGUUGAACAGAAUCCUGGAGGGGUGUUUAGAUAAUGAUACCAUGCCCGCUUAUUCAGGGGAAAAUUCGUUCCUGAACCGCGUGGUGAAGCCCAUUUACAAUACCAUCCGAUCAGAGGCAAAAAGCAGUCUCAAUGGGUUUGCCCCGUACAGUAAGUGGAGAAAUUAUGAAGAUUUUAAUGAGUACUUUUGGAGCAGGGGGUGCUUCGAGGGCCUCAAGUGGCCGUUAAAUCUGGAGAGUAAAUUCUUCGAAGGUGCAGGAAAGACGGGGUUUGUGGAACGAAGGUCGUUUUGGAAUGUCUUCAGGAGCUUCCACAGGCUCUGGCUGAUGCUGAUUCUGUUCUUUCAGGGUGCUAUUAUCCUGGCUUGGGAGGAGGACAACCGCCGCCCAUGGCAGGCCCUGUCAAAUCGGAAUGUGAAGGUUCGAUUCCUUUCCGUCCUAGUCACAUGGAGCGGCAUAGAGUUCUUGAAGUCAAUGCUUGAUAUCCUGACACAGUAUAGUCUGGUCAGGAGGGAGACCUUAUCACUUGGUGUGAGAAUGCUAGUGAAUAGCCUCAUCUCAGGUUCAUGGGCUUUCACUUUGGGAUGGCUCUACAUUCAGAUUUGGUCGAAGAAGAGGGAGGACGGAAGUUGGUUCCCUGAAGCUGAUAGGCGAGAAAAGGAAUUCCUUAAGGCGGCAUGCCCUUUUCUUCUUCUCAAGCUUUUAGCAUUUUCCCUGUCUUUUAUGCCCCGCAUUUCUAAUUUCCUCAUUAAGAAAUGCAGAAUAUAUGGUCUGUUGACGAAUCGGAGUUACGUAGGACGUGGCCUAAGGGAAGGCCUGUUCGGUUCUGCGAAAUAUUCUGUGUUCUGGGUGAUAAUUCUUUCUGCGAAAUUUUCUUUCAGCUACUUCCUACAGAUUCAGCCCAUGAUCAAGCCCACAAAAGAAUUAUGGAACCUCAAUGUUGUUAGUUACAGAUUGCCUGAGGUUUUCACAGACAGAAGUGUUCUCAUCAUCGGGUUGCUGUGGUUUCCCGUAGUUCUGAUUUAUCUAAUGGAUCUUCAAAUCUGGUACACUAUCUCCACUUUUAUGGUCGGGGUGGCUGUUGGAAUUUUCUCGAGGUUAGGCGUGAUUCAGAACAUUGGGCAGCUGAGGUGUAGAUUCGAUGAGUUUGCUUGGGAAGUCAUGCACAAAUUUAACUUCAUGCCAAAAGAGAGCAUGCCACAUGAGAUGGAAAACCAUCAGCGGUUCAUUAUGAGAAACAAAGUCACCUCCGAAAUUAUGAAGCUCAAAUCUGACCAUGUUAUGGUGAGAAAGUUUUCCCUGUUGUGGAAUGAGAUAGUCGGUGCUUUCAGGGAGGAGGAUGUUAUUUCCGAUUAUGAGGUUGAGCUGCUGAUGUUCCCACUGAAUUAUUGGAAUGUCAGUGUGAUAACAUGGCCGUGUUUUCUCCUUCGUGAUAAUCUCAUUCGCGCUCUCUCUGAGACCCAAAACAUAGCAGAUGCUCCCGACAAGUGGGUUUGCUAUAAGAUUUUCAAGGAAGAGCUUACUCGAUGUGCAGUUGUUGAAGCUUAUGAUAGCAUCAAGCACUUGUUACUGGAGAAAAUAAUCGAUUCUCGAACUGAAGAGCAUUCCAUUGUCACCGCAUGCUUUCAGGAGGUUGAUGAAUCUCUUGAAGUUGGCAGGUUCACUAAAAGAUUUAAUAUGAUGAAGCUUCCCCUGAUCCAUGUUGCUUUAAUCGAAUUUGUUGAAUCACUGACCAAAGCCGAAAGAGAUCUCGACAAAGUUGUGAAUUCUUUGCAGACCCUUUAUGUCAUAUAUGUUCAAGAGUUCAUUCAGGAAAGGAGAAGUAUCCGACAGUUGAGCGAAGAUGGUUUGGCUCCAAGGCAUGCCCCUUCUGACUGUAGCGUGCUCUUUGGGAAUGCUGUUGAGUUGCCUGGUGCCGGCGACACGGCUUUUGCCCAGCAGAUCAGACGACUGCAGAUAAUUCUAACAUCUCGAGAUUCAAUGGAAAAUAUCCCAGUGAAUGAUGAGAUAAGACGCCGAAUCGUCUUCUUCUGCAAUUCUUUGUUUAUGGGCAUCCCAAAGGCUCCUUCAGUAGAGAAAAUGAAGGCUUUCAGUGUUCUGACCCCUUACUAUGACGAAGAUGUGCUCUACAGCAAAGAAGAGCUUAAGACUAACAAUGAGGACGGGAUCAAUGUGUUGUAUUAUCUGCAGACGGUUUAUGAUGAGGACUGGAAAAAAUUUAUGGAAAGGAUGCGACGAGAAGGAAUGGAGAAUGAGAGUGAGAUAUGGACCACAAAGCUGAUAGACCUCAGGCAUUGGGCAUCAUAUAGAGGCCAGACUCUUGCUCGUACUGUGAGGGGCAUGAUGUAUUAUGGUCGUGCUAUAAAAUUCUUGAGUUUUCUUGAAUCUCUCUCGGAGAUUGGAUCCAGUGAGGGAUCAGAAGAGCCAGUUGCAUCUAGUUAUUCUGUCAAAGGCCAUCAUCCGGAUAUAUCAACAAUGAAGUUCACAUAUUUGGUCACCUGCCAGAACUAUGGUGACCAAAAAGUGCGUAACGAUCCCCGAGCGGAGGAAAUACUGUAUCUAAUGAAAAAAUAUGAGGCCCUUCGUGUAGCCUACGUUGAUGAAGUACUCAAGGGCAACGAUGAGUAUGAGUACUACUCUGUUCUCAGUAGGUAUGAUCCGGCGCUGCAGAAGGAAGUAGAAGUCUACAGAAUCAAGUUACCAGGUCCGUUUAAGCUCGGGGAGGGAAAGCCUGAGAACCAAAACCACGCAAUCAUUUUCACACGAGGGGAUGCGGUUCAAACGAUUGACAUGAACCAAGAGAGCUAUUUUGAGGAGGCUCUCAAGAUGGGAAAUUUAUUGGAAGAAUUUGAUACUCACUAUGGUAUCAGGAAGCCUACUAUCCUCGGUUUAAGGGAACACAUAUUUACUGCUUCAGUUUCAUCGCUAGCUUGGUUGAUGUCUGCACAGGAAACGGGUUUUGUCACUUCAGGGCAACGUGUUUUGGCAAACCCUUUGAAGGUCCGAAUGCAUUAUGGACAUCCUGACGUCUUUGACAGGAUUUGGUUCUUAACCCGAGGAGGGGUUAGCAAGGCUUCUAGAGUGAUUAAUAUAUGCGAGGACAUCUUUGCAGGCUUUAACUGCACAGUACGAGGAGGAAAUGUCACACACCAUGAGUACAUGCGGAUAGGAAAGGGAAGGGAUGUUGGGUUGAAUCAGAUAUCCAUGUUCGAAGCUAAAAUUGCCAGUGGAAGUGCAGAGCAACUUCUCAGCCGAGAUGUGUACCGGUUGGGCCAUAAACUGGACUUUUUCCGGAUGCUGUCAUUUUACCACUCCACAGUGGGAUUCUAUUUCAACAACAUUAUGGUGAUCUGGACUAUGUAUGUAUUAUUUUGGGGAAAGUUAUAUAUGGCUCUUAGCGGUGCUGAGGAUUUCCAAAUGGGUUUGGACAGGGAUGCCCUUCGUGCCAUCUUAGUCAUACAGCUCGUACAAUUAGUGCUGUUCACUGGGCUGCCAAUGAUUGUUGAUGGUUCCGUUGAGUACGGAAUCUAUUCGGCUAUUUGGGACUUUAUGAUCUCGCAGUUGCAGCUCUCCUCUGUUUUCUACACGUUCUCUAUGGGAACUCGAGCCCAUUUCUUUGGACGAACGAUUCUUCAUGGUGGUGCAAAGUACCGAGGAACUGGGCGUGGGUUUGUGGUGAUGCGUGAGAGUUUUGCCAGUAUCUACAGACUAUAUGCUCGAAGCCAUUUCGUUAAGGCCAUUGAGCUCGCACUGGUGCUUACGAUGUAUUCUCUCUAUAGCCCUUUGGCAAACGGUACGUUUGCUUUCAUAGACACGAGCAUCUCAGGCUGGUUCCUAGUUUUCUCAUGGAUGUUAUCUCCUUUUAUCUUCAACCCGUCUGGCUUUACUUGGUUCAAGACCGUCGAUGACCUGGAUCAAUUUAAGAGGUGGAUUUGGUACCCGGGUGGCAUGUUUGGAAAGGAAGAAGAUAGCUGGGAACGUUGGUGGUAUCAAGAGCAGGAUCAUCUGAGGACAACGGGCUUCUGGGGGAAGUUGUUAGAGAUAAUUUUGGGCUUGCGCUUCUUUUUUUUCCAGUACGGGAUAGUGUAUCAGCUCCGUAUAGCUUCAGGAAGGACAAAUUUCUAUGUGUACUUGCUAUCUUGGGUAUAUGUUGCUGUGCCUUUUGCGGCGCAUAUAAUGAUCUCACAUGCACACAGAAAGUAUGCUGCGAAAAGGCACAUCUAUUAUCGGUUCUUAAACUCCUUGGGCAUCCUGGUAUUGCUGUUGGUAAUAACUGCCCUGUUUCUGUUGACAUCAUUCACCAUCGGUGAUCUCGUUGUUGGUCUGGUGGCAGCUGUACCCACUGGAUGGGGCUUGGUUUCGGUCGCCCAAGUGCUUAGUCCCCUUCUUCAGAGAACUCUUCUGUGGAGCACUGUUGUUUCUGUGGCUCGACUAUACGAUCUCUUGCUCGGGCUCAUUGUUAUGGCGCCUGUGGCUAUACUGUCAUGGCUUCCGGGGGUUCAGUCCAUGCAGACAAGAGUUCUGUUCAAUGCUGCAUUUUGUCGGGGGCUGCAAGUCCGUCAAAUGCUUGCUGGGAUUAUGUUGAAGCCAAUCUCAUCAGACUAGCAGCUGAAAUAGGCACUGGCGCUUCUGUUUUUCGAGAGAAUCAGCAAAUCUAGCAUCAACUGGCUGGUGCUAGUGCUGCAGUUGCGUGUCUCUACAUGUUCGUGAAUGUUUGCUGCAACAUCUGUUUUCUUUAAGUGAGUCGAUGUGAAGUAUGCUUGAUAUUGUUUUUCGUCUUCAAAGAUCAGUCUAGUGCUGUGUGUAAAAACCUAAUGGAGAUUGGACCAAGCAAAUAGCAUUUUUAUAGAUCACUAGAUAUGCUUAUUUAA